AGGUGUAUCCCAGUCACACUGGACAGGAGAAAAUAGCAUAACAGCAAAUGAUGUGAAAUGUGUGGAACGUGUUCCAGAUGAGGAUGAUGGAUCCAUACUUAGUGGUCAAGAUGACACUGCUAAGAUCCAGGAACCUUCAAAAAGUAAAAAAAGGCUUUAAGAAAAUCAACAGGGAAGCCAAACUGCAGAUACUUCACUCACAAAACACACCAAGACCAAACCGUGUACAGCCUCCAAGCAGACAAAAGGAAGGAGCUUUUCCCUUUUCUGUCUCCUGCCCACCAUUCUCCUCCUUUUGGGUGGAUUUGCAUCGCACGUCUGGCAGUAUGGAGUCCCUAAAUCUGUGUCACACCUGAUGUCACAACUGGAGCUGCACUGGUUGGAAAGUUUCUGGAUGCCUCAAGAGACAUGCAUAUCUGACUGUAGGCUUACUCUUGUUGAGAGUGUCCCUGAGGGCCUCAGCUUCCCUUCCGGCUUGCCACACCUGCCGAGCAUUUCAGACACUUGGAUUCAUCUGUUAAACAAAGCAAACCGCUCUGUCCACAUCGGUGCUUUCUAUUUCACUCUCCGUGAUUCAGACCUAGGCCUUACGGAGCCCUCGUCAGCUCUGGGCAAAAAAGUGUUCGAACGACUAAAGCAACUGGAACCAAAUGGAGUGAAGUUGAAGAUUGCUGUAAACGCCCCUCAGUCAUACAUUGCAGACACAGACGAACUGGUGGCAACAGGGGCUGAGGUCAGGGGAGUUGACCUGCAAAGCAUCACUGGAGGCAUUUUGCACACCAAACUAUGGGUUGUGGAUAAGAAACACAUGUAUUUAGGCAGCGCAAACAUGGAUUGGCGUUCCCUUACCCAGGUGAAAGAGGUUGGCGUGUCUGUGGAAGACUGCAGCUGUCUGGCACAGGACGCCUCACGGAUAUUUGACAUGUACUGGGACAUUGGAGCUCAGAAGAAUGGAUCUCUACCUCCUUUCUGGCCGGGCCGUUUCUCCGCCCUCUCCAGUUCUAAGUACCCAUUAGCUGUUAAAUUCAACGGUGUCCCUGCACGUGUCUAUUUGUCUAGUUCCCCUCCUCCUUUAUCAUCACAUGGCCGUUCUGACGAUCUCUCAAGCAUCCUGUCAGUAAUCGCUGAUGCUGAGCGCUUCAUCUAUGUGUCUGUGAUGGAUUACCUUCCCAUGUCUCAGUUCACCGAGCCCAUUCGGUUUUGGCCUGUCAUCGACUCGGCCCUGCGCGAGGCAGCUUGUACGAGAGGUGUUGAGGUGAAGCUGCUGGUCAGUUGUUGGAGUCAUUCUCCUGGUGCCAUGUUUGUUUUCCUCCAGUCUUUAUCGGUCCUCAACAACCCCCCUCUGAGCUGCAACAUUCAUUCUAAAGUUUUUGAGGUGCCGUCAACCCGAGAGCAGCAGAGGAUCCCGUUUGCACGUGUCAACCAUGCCAAGUACAUGGUGACUGACCGAGUUGUUUACAUUGGAACUUCCAACUGGUCUGAGAAUUACUUCACCCAGACGGCAGGGGUUGGGCUUGUCGUGAAUCAGACAGGUUCUGCAGUAGGGCAGGGCCAGCAAACCAUUCAGAGCCAGAUGCAGGAGGUUUUCCAGAGGGAUUGGCAUUCAGAAUACGCUCAAACCCUCACUGAUGUUCACGCGGAGCACUGCAGCGGAAAAAAGCUUACAUAAUAAACCACGCUCUUUAUUGGUUGCUAUGCACUAUGUUUCAACAAAAUAAAAACAUCAGAAACCAAAAAACCCAUCCAUGUGGCAUUCCUGCCUACUGAUAACUUAUUUAUGAUCUAUGUAUUUGCCAGAAGGAUGCUGUGCAUUUUUAAUGUUUGUUAUAAAUGCGGCAUAUAUAAAUUCUUUUUUUUUUUAAGUGCAUUUAUUGUAUAUUUGCAUUAUGUGACAUUUGCCAGAAUAAGGACAAGAUCCUUGAGCAAGCACUGAUUUUUUUUAUGUUGAACUGGUUAAACAU